CCUAUAUCUUCAAGACUGGUUAAUCAUCUGGAAGAAUAAGAUGGAUAAAAUUGCUUCCAUUCAUCUGUGCCUUGGGACACUAACUUUUCUGUUCAUAAUUUCUAUGCAGUCUGCUGAAGGCAAGCCUUAUUUACUUCAAGAUAAUGAAUUGUUUCCAGAGAAAGAAGAUAUACAACAUCAGGACAUGCUAUUAACAUUCCUCCUCAAUAAACACCUUCCUGUAAGAAGACCCUCUCAUUUUGAGCUGGUUCUAGAAAGUAGGCUUGAAGAACUGGAACAGCUGGAGAAACUCAAGGAGCAGCUUUUGGAAGGGAAGACUGCAGAUGUGACGUAUACUGUGGAUGGCCUGUCUGCAUCACAUCCUAACAAACGAGCUUGCUUUUGGAAAUACUGCGUGUGAAUAACGCCUGUCAGAC